UUUUCAGUCUUGCUCUUCCAGGAAGGGAUUAUUAACCAGCACGCUGCCGACAUAUGAAGGGAAAACACACGCAGACAAAAGAAGUUUUCACACCGACAGCCGCGCUAUGGAGCCGGCCAGCAGAUAAAAACAGAAAAGAAACAAACGGAGGCUACAUGAAAAAGACAACUUCUCCCACAAUAACAAGCCGAGCAGUGGGACUGCCGCCGCCGCUGCUGCUGUUGCGUGGGUUUCUAUAGGAAAGCAGAGGAGAUAAAGAAGAGAGCACAACGGAAAAGUGGAAGGAGAAGGAGAGAAGUUGACGGGAGAUAAUGUCAGAAUCCUCCUCCGCUACGAACAAGCAGGAGAGGAGCUCUUUCAGUCCUUCCGCGAACCCGCUGCCAAACUCCACUUCCUCCCCCGUCCAUGCUCCCGCCGCGAGGCCAGCCAGCCGAAUGGAGGACGAGCCUGCCAGGCUGCCUGCGCACCUGCGUUUGCAGCCAGUGUUUUGGAGCAGGGAGGACGUGGCCCAGUGGCUGCGAUGGGCCGAGAAGGAGUUUGCCCUGCGGCCAAUCACCAGCGGCUCCUUCCAGAUGAACGGCAAAGCUCUGCUGCUGCUCACCAAAGAGGACUUCCGCUACCGAUCCCCUCACUCCGGGGACGUCUUGUAUGAGCUGCUGCAGCACAUCCUGAAGCAGAGGAAGCCCCAUGUGUUUUACCCGUCUGCCUACUUCCCUGGGAACUCCUUCCACUCGCUGCCUGAAAGCGCUGUGCAGCACCUGAAGCUUGAAGAAACGGUACGGCGGGCACCACGUGGUACGGAGCCACUCCCCCAGCAUCCACCAACCAUUGAGCUGCGGCACCGCUCCCGCUCCCCCCAUCAUCCAACCACCAGGCGAUCCCCUCCGGAGCCAAACCACCCCCGCCAAGCCAAUGAGGACCCCCUCCAGACCUUCUCCCAGCUGCCCGACAGCAACCACCACCUGCCCGAGGAAAUGUACCCUCUGUCGGUGUCUCCGGCUGCACCCAACGGCCGCUGUGCGACGCCCCGGGAAGCCCCAUGUCCGGGCAGCCCUGGGGGCCAGGAGGCGGGCCCUCCUCGCGUCAUCCAGCUCAUGCCCAGCGCCAUCAUGAACCCCCUGCUCCUCAGCCCGAGCAGGAGCGGCGGGGGUGCCGCCAUGGACUUCAGGCACAGCCGUGGCGGACCCCCCUCUCAGGUGACACUCGAGAACGGGCGCGAGGGGAAGGUCCACACCCACCACCAUCAAAUAUCACUCUCCCAGCAGCAGCAGCAGCAGCAGCAGCAGCACCUACUGCAGCAGCAGGAGGAGGUGCUUUACCGGAACCAGGUCAUCAUGCCCGUGUCUCCUCCAGAGGAGCAACAAAUACCCAUCGGACGGAUAGCAGACUGCAGGCUGCUCUGGGACUAUGUCUACCAACUCCUGUCAGACAGCAGGUACGAAAACUACAUCCGCUGGGAGGAUCCAGAGAGCAAAGUCUUCCGCAUCAUGGACCCCAAUGGCCUGGCCAGGUUGUGGGGAAACCACAAGAACAGGACCAAUAUGACCUACGAGAAGAUGUCACGAGCACUGAGACACUACUACAAACUGAACAUUAUCCGGAAAGAGCCUGGACAAAGACUUCUAUUCAGGUUUAUGAAAACUCCCGAUGAGAUAAUGAACGGGCAGACGGACCGGCUGGAGCACCUGGAGUCCGACACAGACGAACAAAUCUACAUCAAAGAGGAAUGCUGAGGAAAUCUUGGGGGAGGGGAUGAGUCCAUGAACUACUUACUACUUACUACUACUACAGCCGCUGAUGCCUUUCGGAAGCAGCCUGAACAAUCGUUGUUGAAUCUGGAGCACGUGGAUGUGCGCUUGUAUCAGUCCCACACAGAUGGAUGUGAAAUGUGGUCUCCCGUAAGAUUGCCUUAGGAUGACGUUUUCCUGAAGUAAACAGAUUUUCCUGAUGGAGCGAGCUGAGAGCACUUUCUAAGUGUUCCCUUUUUAUUUCUGAAUGAACUGCAAAAAAAAAUCACUUUGUGCUUAAGUCACUUUUAUGAUUUUUAUUAUUUUUUUGUCCCCUCACAUGCAUUAUACAAUGGAAUUUUGCUGUUUGUAAAAAAAGAAAAUCGCGUGUGUGUGCGCGUGUGUGACAGGAAUGUUUUCACCAUGGAAUAAACAUUUUUUGAUCAAACUGUA